UUCCUAAAAAGACAUAUAAAAUGGGUGUGUUGGUUUCCAAACCAGGAGCUCGGUAUUGAUUUGGUUUGAAGAAUGGCAACCUGUUUGAUGCAACAAAAGGGAAGUGGAGAGGAAGCAAAUGGGGGGAAGAAAAUUGUAAUAACCGGAGUGAGCCAAGGAUUGGGACGAGCAUUGGCGUUUGAGUUGGCAAAACGAGGCCACACUAUAAUCGGUUGUUCCCGCACCCAAGACAAGUUAGAUUCCCUUCACCAACAACUCUCCAAUUCUUCCUCACUCAAUCAUUUACUCCUCAAUGUUGAUGUGAGGUCAGAUGAGAGCGUUGAAACCAUGGUUCGUACUGUAAUCCACAAAUUUGGCGUUCCAGACAUAAUUGUAAACAAUGCAGCUACAAUCAAUAAGGAGAAUGCCAAGAUUGGCGACAUUAGUAGAGAAGAGUUUGAUGAUAUCAUUGACACAAAUGUGAAGGGGACCGCUAAUGUAUUGCGUCACUNAUACAAAAUCUAG